AUGCGUCGCUGCAGUAAGCUAUCCCUCAUUGACGGGAAGCAGGAGAUGUGUGACGGAGGACUCGGCACGAAGGUGCUCUUCGAGCAGCUGCACACGCCGCCGACGAAGAUCAUGGUGAUAGGAGCCGGCUGCUCCAGCGUAACGCAGCCGACAGCACAGACUUCGCAGUACUGGAACCUCAUCCAGUUAUCGUAUUCGAGCGCGAGUCCGGCGUUGUCAAACAGAGAAAAAUAUCAGAAGUUCUUUCGGGUAUUUCCGCCUGAGUCGACGAUGAAUCCGGCAAAGUUCGACUUGCUAAAGUAUUUCGGAUGGAAGAAGGUCGCUACCAUACACGAAACGCAAGACCUUUUCUCGCUGGCUACGACGGAGUUCGUGAAGGCGGCGAAAGAUCAUGGCAUCGAGAUUCUGACGGCAGAAAGCUUCGCAGCCGAUCCUUACCAACAAGUGACCAAUAUCAAGUGGCAACAGUGCAAUUUUAAUCGCAGCCUGCAGAACUUCCAGUAUACGGAUGACCGCAUGGCCUCCAUCUUCUUUAUGGUGAUGAACAAGACCAAAUUCGAAGGCGUCUCGGGUCCUGUCGCCUUUAACGAGAACGGAGAUCGCCUAGGUCUGCUGCAAGUAGAGCAGAACCAGGAUGACAAGGAGAAUAUGGUGGCAAUCUACUACAACGAUCGCUCCGUCACCGACGUCAACGUCACGCGCCUGGAGUGGCUCGAGACUGCCGCCAUCUUCUGGCAAGGUGGCGGACCUCCAGUGGACUCGGUGAGAGAGGUGAUCCUGCCCGUGGUCGUGCGACUCAGCCUGUUCCUCGUGAUGGCGGCCUUCGCUGGAGUCGGCAUCGUGCUAGCGUUCGCCUUCCUGAUCUUCAAUAUUAAGUACAGAAAUCAAAGGUACAUCAAGAUGUCGAGUCCCAACUUGAACAACCUAAUACUACUGGGAGCUCUACUGUCCUACGUAUCGAUCAUCUUCAGCGGUCUCGACUCCGGGCUGGCCAGCCAAAAGGCGUACAGCGUUCUUUGCCAGUUGAACACGUGGUGUCUGUCGCUGGGCUUCUCGCUCGCCUUCGGCGCCAUGUUCAGUAAGACAUGCGCGUUCACAAGACUCCAAACAAGAAGAUGCAGCGCAUGGGUGAUAAAAGACUACCAGCUGAUGGCGCUGGUGGCGGUGCUAGUAAUGCUGGAUGUCGCCAUACUGAUGGCAUGGCAAUUUGUCGACAAGCCAGUUAUCACCGUCGUCAACCAAACAACAUACCCAAACCCUCUUAAUGAGGACGAACUCAUCAUUCCACAAAUGAUAGUUUGUGAGAGUAAAGAGAAGCACUGGUACUUUGCCGGUGCACUUUAUGCAUAUAAAGGUUUAUUAUUAAUAUUUGGAGCUUUUCUCGCGUGGGAAACUCGGAAAGUAUCCGUGCCUGUCCUAAACGACUCCAAAUACAUAGGUUUAAGUGUAUAUAACGUGGUUGUACUAUGCCUCAUCGGUGUGCCUAUUGCAUUUGUGAUGAAAUCGGAGAUCGACCUCACGUACUGCAUGCUCAUCUCUGCGUUCAUCCUCUUCGCUACGACACUCACCAUCUGCCUUGUGUUUAUUCCUAAGCGAGAGACAAAACUAGCGUACGAUCCUUGA